AUGUCUUGCUCUUGCAUUUGUAGCUUUACUUCCUCCAUUUCAUCUUCCUCUACUCUUACUUCUCCAAGAAAGUCUUUCAGCGUCAACUCAACUCCAAUCAUCCACUCUUCCCUUCAAGGGACUGUGACCCAACCUAAAUCAUCCUCUGUUGCUGAGCCACUUUUGCUUAAUGCGGUUAGAGGAAAAGAUGUUGAAAGACCUCCAGUUUGGCUUAUGAGGCAAGCAGGGAGGUAUAUGAAGAGUUACCAAAUUAUCUGUGAGAAGCAUCCUUCAUUUCGUGAAAGAUCAGAAAAUGUUGAUCUUGUAGUAGAAAUUUCUCUACAGCCAUGGAAUGUUUUCAAGCCUGAUGGGGUCAUUUUAUUCUCAGACAUUCUCACUCCACUUUCUGGGAUGAAUAUCCCUUUUGAUAUUGUGAAAGGCAAAGGUCCUGUCAUAUUCAAUCCUUUGUUAACUGCUGAUGAUGUUGAUCAAGUAAGGGAAUUUGUUCCUGAGGAGUCUGUUCCUUAUGUGGGGGAAGCACUGACAAUCUUGAGAAAAGAGGUAGAAAACAAAGCUGCUGUGCUGGGCUUUGUUGGGGCUCCUUUCACUCUGGCAUCGUAUGUAGUAGAAGGUGGUUCGUCAAAGCACUUUACCAAAAUAAAGAGAUUAGCUUUCUCCCAGCCGAAGGUUCUACAUGCGUUACUUCAGAAAUUUGCAUCCUCUAUGGCAAAAUACAUUCAAUAUCAAGCUGACAGUGGAGCUCAAACUGUUCAAAUCUUUGACUCGUGGGCCACAGAACUUAGCCCUGUGGAUUUUGAGGAGUUUAGUCUUCCAUACUUGAAGCAGAUUGUGGAUACUGUGAAACAAUCCCAUCCAAACCUCCCUCUAAUCCUUUAUGCCAGUGGAUCUGGAGGCUUACUUGAGCGGCUUGCUUUGACUGGUGUAGAUGUUGUUAGCUUAGAUUGGUCAGUUGAUAUGGCUGAAGGUAGGAAGCGAUUGGGACCUGAUGUGGCAGUUCAGGGAAAUGUAGAUCCUGGUGUUCUAUUUGGGUCAAAGGAAUUCAUAACUAAUCGAAUAAAUGAUGUUGUCAGAAAAGCCGGUAAAGGAAAGCAUAUAUUGAAUCUUGGCCAUGGAAUUGUAGUAGGCACACCUGAGGAGAAUGUUGCUCAUUUUUUUGAGGUUGCUAAAGGAAUCAGAUACUAA